GUCGUUACUUUCUUUAUCAAAUUUACUCAAGUCCUAGAAUGCCCCCCAAGGUUAGCGGAAAAGCAGCGAAGAAGGCCGGCAAGGCCCAGAAAAACAUUGCCAAAGGAGACAAGAAGAAGAAGCGCAAGAGGAAGGAGAGCUACGCCAUUUACAUCUACAAAGUGUUGAAGCAGGUCCACCCCGACACUGGCAUCUCCUCCAAAGCCAUGACCAUCAUGAACAGCUUCGUCAACGACAUUUUCGAGCGCAUCGCUGGAGAGUCGUCCCGUCUUGCCCAUUACAACAAGCGUUCGACCAUCACUAGCCGGGAAAUCCAGACGGCCGUCCGUCUGCUUUUGCCCGGUGAGUUGGCUAAGCACGCCGUGUCUGAAGGGACCAAGGCAGUGACCAAGUACACCAGCACCAAGUAGAUCGUUCAUCUUGAUCUCUCUACCAACCAAACGGCCCUUUUCAGGG